CGUGGCUUGAAUGGCUGUGGAAGGUAAGGACGUCGUCAAAAGAGGGUACAUGACCCAAUGUACGUCGAUCUCUGAAGCCGCAUCGAGAUCUCGACUAACUGAAUCUUUCUUGCGGAAGCUAACUGGACAUAAGUUGUGGUAUGUCUUGCGGAGCACAUCAGUGCGUGGAAGAGCUCGCCUGGAGUUCUACAAAGACGAAAAAUUGGCGAACGAUCUCACGUGCUUGAAGGGUUUUAUACCUCUUACUGACAUGACCAACGCCUACGUCAAAGACGGAGAAUCUAAAAAACUUCUUAUUGAGUGUGGUCAUACGGCUCAUGUAUUCAAAUGUUCGUCUAUGGCAGACGCCGAAGACUGGCUGGCAGCUCUCAUGGGAGAAACAUUAGAGAAACCGCCAGAACAGCCUGCUGGUAGUCCUAGAGUAUCAAACUUACAGAAACGGGCAACAUGGGGAUCAACUCCAACGAUAACUGAAGAGAAGACUGCAAAGUUUAUCGUGACUGUUGAUCGGCAGCCCAAACUGAAUUUUACAGGUGAAUGCGAGCUGGUCGUCACUGAGGGGGAGAUUUAUCUGAAGGACCUAAAGUCUAAGCAAUACAUCGAAUCGUGGCCUCUCAAUUUGAUAAGACAAUAUGGACACGGAAAUGAUCAUUUCGUAUUAGAAGCAGGAAGACGAUGCACUACAGGAGAAGGAACAUUCAAAUUUAUGACAAAGGGAAAUCAAGCAGCCAAGAUCUAUCAAAUUGUACAUACCAAUUCAGAAAACUGGGUCACAACGGGUCUUACUCCUCCAUCAACACCACCCAUACGUAAAUCUCAAACCAAGAGCCCAUUGGAAUUACCACACAUAAGAAUUAACACAAGAGCAAAACCGAACACAAAUGGUCCAUACGCCAGCCUGAACGCAUCAACUAUCGAUGAACCAAGACAUUAUGAACAACGAAUAACCGCCUCGGCUACCGCCAAAGCAGUAAAGCCACCUCCAUCAGGCUACAUGGCAUUACAAACGAACCGUGAAGACAGCAAGGCAGCAAGUGACGGGCACUAUAUGCACAAAGUAUAAUUGCCAUUAGUUGUAAACAUGUUGCUGGAUUU